GGGGGGAACCGCGGGUCGGGUUGUACUUCCGGGUGGGCGGCGGCCCGUCCCGCCAUGGCUACGCUGUUCCCCUCGCUGCUGCCCCGCGUCACCGAGUCCCUCUGGUUCAACCUCGACCGGCCCUGCGUGGACGAGACCGAGCUGCAGCAGCAGGAGCAGCAGCACCAGGCCUGGCUCCAGAGCAUCGCCGAGAAGGACAACAACCUGGUGCCCAUAGGGAAACCGGCCUCCGAGCAUUACGACGAGGAGGAGGAGGAGGACGACGAGGACGAUGAAGACAGCGAAGAGGACUCGGAGGAUGACGAGGACAUGCAGGAUAUGGACGAGAUGAACGAUUAUAACGAGUCUCCCGAUGACGGGGAGAUUAAUGAGGUGGACAUGGAGGGGGCAGAGCAGGAUCAGGACCAGUGGAUGAUCUGACCCUGCCGCGGCCGGGCCAAACCGGAGCCUGGGGACGGGAGGAGGCUGGGGGGAGCCCUCGCCCGCCGCGGCUCUGGGGCGCGGUUUGGUGAAGCUCCUCCUGCCGUGGCCGC